CACUGCAGAGUCCGAGUGCGUGCUUCAUUUGCAAUAAAAAUAAAAAAUAUUUAGAAAAUAGCCAUGGAUGACGAAGCUGAAACAUAUAAGCUGUGGCGCAUUCGCAAGACAAUCAUGCAACUAAGUCACGAUCGAGGGUAUUUGGUGACGCAGGACGAAUUGGACCAGACGCUGGAGCAGUUCAAAGACAUGUUUGGUGACAAGCCAAGCGAAAAAAGGCCGGCCAGGUCCGAUCUCAUCGUACUGGUGGCCCACAACGAUGAUCCCACUGAUCAGAUGUUUGUGUUCUUCCCGGAGGAGCCGAAGAUCGGCAUCAAGACAAUCAAAACCUAUUGCACCCGUAUGCAGGAAGAGAACAUUCACCGAGCCAUCGUUGUGGUACAGGGCGGCAUGACACCCUCGGCCAAGCAGUCGCUCGUGGACAUGGCCCCCAAGUACAUUCUGGAACAGUUUCUCGAGUCUGAGCUGCUCAUCAACAUCACUGAGCACGAGCUGGUGCCGGAGCAUGUGGUGAUGACCGUUGAGGAGAAGCAGGAGCUGCUCAGUCGCUACAAGCUUAAGGAGAACAUGUUGAUGCGCAUCCAGGCCGGCGAUCCAGUGGCUCGCUACUUCGGUCUUAAGCGUGGUCAAGUUGUAAAGAUCAUCCGUUCGUCGGAGACAGCUGGUCGAUAUAUCUCCUACCGCCUUGUCUGCUGAAAGGUCACGUCUCCUCGGGAUGCCUAAUUAUACUUUAAAUAAGUUUAAUGUAAUUUGUAUUUCAAACAUAAACAAACAAAUUGUGUAAUCCAAA